AUGGGUGGAAAAAACUCCAAAGCAGCUAUUGCCCAUUCAACAACAGGUGCUACUGCAAGUACAGCAGCUUCAUCGACAGCCAUGCUGCGAAGAGAGCCCAUGGCUGAAAAUUAUUUGGUCAUCUGGGUCGAUGGAAAUAUCGACAUGGCAAAUGAAGAUUGCAAAAAUACAAUGGAACAAUUACGUGCUGUCGUCAAUCAAGUCAAUACGUGUAAGACAGCUGAACAAUGUAUACAACAGCUUAUGGACAAUCAAGAGGAGAUCUCAUUUGUUAUCUCCUCAGGUGCACUUGGACAACAUUUAAUACCAGACAUUCAUGAUAUGGCAAAAUUAAAUGGCAUCUUUAUAUUUUGUGGCAAUAAGCAACGGCAUCAAGUAUGGGCCCAAAAUUGGGCUAAAAUCAAAGGUGUUCACACGUCCAUCAAAAAUAUUUGUGAAAAAUUGGCAACAGCAAUCAAACAAUGCAAUCAAGAUCACAUGUCGGUAAGCAUUGUUAGUGUGAAUGCUGGAGUACAUGCUCCUCCUCCAGUUGAACCAACAUGUGGACAAUGUAUAGAUGGUAAUAAAGGUACAAAAUAUGUAUGA